GUUAAUAUGAAAAAGACAUCAGGAGUUGUAUUGGGAACUUCCUCGAGGAAACCGUUUGGGCUCUUAAGAAAAGUUACAACAGAGGCAGAUAAAUAAAGCAGGAUUUUGACUGAGAAGGAAGGGCAAUAAAAGGAACGUAUCAUUUCGGCUCUCUUCUAAACCAGCCCAUUCAUUGAUAAGAAAUUUCAGAAAGAUAAAGUUUGAAGAGGAAAAGUUUGAUAUCUCCGACUCUUUGAAUGCUUGUGAACUAUCAAAUGGGAGGAUCAGUUUCAAAGGAAAGAACCCGUUAAACUCUUUUGGUACAGGACCCUCUAAGAAAGGAAUGUUUGACGACAUGACUAAGGUAAAUUUACAAACAACACGAAAACUUAAGAAGAAGAUUGACAUGUUCAUCGAGCCAUACAACAAGGUGCACAACAGUCACUUUUUCAUGAGAUUUGGGGAUGAUCCUUAUCCAAGACUUCCACAAUGACUUUUCCCCGAAGGAAUAAAAGUUUGGAGAAAAAUAUCUAAUUUUAUUCUGAAAGAAAAUAACUCAAGUUUCAACAGGAAGAUGAAUAAAAUGAACAAUGAGGAGUUUGAUGAUAUGAUGCGAAGAAUUCGCAAGUCUCGGGAAAUGAUCAGACGUAAAAGGAGAAUCACCAAGCGAGGUACUAUUAAGAACGCCAACUUUUUCCUUAAGAUGAAAUAUUCCAAUGGUGGCAUGAAGAGGUUCCGAGGCCUAAGAUUUAAAGGAGGCUCUCCCUCUUCAAAAGCUUCCGAGUUCAGCCCUAAUGAAAAUGAUGAGAGAGAUUCAGAGUUCUUCAAAUCGGUGUCAUCUGAAAAACUUAACUCAAGUAUGAUGACGCAAAACGAUAGUGAUUAUAUCCCAGAGGUCUCAAGUGAAAGUGAAGAGUUCUCAUUUGAAAAUAGUGAUCAGAUGAUUGCGAGUCCGCCUCAAAGAAAGAAAGCGAAAUCUUUUAAGAAAAUCAGAAGGCGAAACUCUAUAAAGAUAGCCAAACAAACAGCAGCGAGGCCAAAAUCAAGAUGUGUAGAUAAGAAGAAGGCCAAAGUGUAUAAGGAGAAAUCAAAGCUACUUAGCUCUUUCAAUAAACCUCGGGUUGAAGAGUUUCCUAGAGGUGAGAGUCCUUGGAAAAGGCCAUCAAGGUUUACAGAAAACUCAAAGAAGGGGAGCAAGAAAUCUAUGUCUUCAUUGGGAAUACAUGCUGAUGAAGGCAGCCUUAAUUGAAAUAUGAAGGAAAUUUUUCUGAAUUUUAAAACCCAGGAAAUAAUAACUGAAAAAUCUGUGAAGUUGAACUUCAACUUCUUCCAUAACUCAGUGAUAAAAGAGGAGUCUCAUAGACCAAAAGUGCCAAAGAAGCUCUCACGAAAGCAAAUCAUCAAUUAUUUCUACAAAGGCCGUAGCAUAGUGUCUAGAAAUUUGAAAAUGUUAAGUUCCAAGGCUACUUCCACCAAAAGGAUUCAAAAUUCACGUCUGUUCACUGACAAGCCAAGACUAUUUGAUUCCAUUAAGAAAUAUUCAAACGAUCCUCAUCAAGUUUCGAGAUCUCAGAAAGAGAUUAGUUGCAAUCCUAUUGGAAACUUUAAAGAAACCCCAGUUAAUGAUACCAUUAUGACUUCAAGGAUUCCAAUCCGGCCAUUCAGAGGGAUAUUAGCAAAUCAGACGAUGGUUCCUCCAACUAAUAUUUUGAACUCAAAGAAAAAGAAGCACGAAUCAAGACUGAAGUUUAAUAAAAGACUCACAAAAUUUGUGAAAAGGAAAAUAAGGACAUCACAAAAUCGUAGAAGGUCAAUGAUCUAGCCCAAGUUAAGACAAACUAUUAC